GCAUUGUGCUUCCUCCAACCUUCUCUUCGGUUCUUGAGCACACAGGUCUCAAGAUGGAAUAGUCAAUCUUCACAAGUAGCUAAACUGCACAAAACUACCACUUACUGCAUGGGUAGCCUACAUAGUUUCUUCACAGCUCCAACCCUCCUGAUUUUAAUUCCCGUCCACACAAAAGACCAUUACAGGCACACUGAUACUAAU